AUGGCAUCCGUCAAAGCAGAACCUAUGGUCAAGCCAGAUCCUGCAAUCAAGUCCGAUCCCGAUGCCAUGAACUCCAUCCCGAGUGCGAUGUCCGACGAUGACAUGUACGAAGAUGCUGGCGAUCUCGAGUUUGCUGAUUUCGCUCCUACGAACCCUGCCGCUGCCGAAGUCUACCUGACACAAGUGCCCAAAUACCUCUAUAAUGCUUGGUCCACUAUGAACGAUGACGAAGAAAUACGUAUUGGGACGGUGCGCAAAUGGAUCGAGGUGGGCAAGGAUGGCAGGCAAACUGAAAGGAUGGCAGUGCUGUUAGACCAUAACAAGGCAAAUUACCAGCCCAUUCCGAAAGAAUAUAAAUUAGAGGUUAAAGAUCUGAACUUGGCCAAUUCGUUCUUGUUCACCGAACAGGAUCUUCCUGGCUUCAAGUCAAGAUCCCACGGCGCCAACAGCGACCUACCUCCUCACUUGCGCCGCAGACAAGAGCAGCAACAGCAACGCCCAGAGGAGAAGACACAACAAGACGGCGGCGUGAAGAAGAACAAAUAUCAGCCCCGUUACAGAAAGGCAAUUCCAAAAAAAACGAUCUUGGCCGGUAAGCUAAGCCGUGAACUGAAUUGCCAGCCUGCGUGGACAGAGGAAACGCAACAUAUCUUGAAGGUUAUGAAUGACGAUGCAAUGAAGCCCAAGGUUGCAGCAAGCAUCGUCAGUUCCUUCGACCCCAACGGAGUUAUCCAGGCUGGCGCACAUGUGGCAAACGACAAAUUUAGCAACCUCGUGCGCACGGCUCCGGAACAGCAGAAGAAGAACAAGAAGCAGAAGGAGGAGAAGGCUGCUCGACUGCCACAGAGCGAGCUACGCGACCGCAUCUUCCGAUGCUACGAGCAAUAUGCGUACUGGUCUUUGAAAGCAUUUAAGCAGACAUUGAAUCAGCCCGAGGCUUGGUUACGUGAGAACUUGGAAGAGGUCGCCGUUCUGCAUAAAUCCGGGCGCUUUGCAAACUAUUGGGAACUGAAACCAGAGUACAAGAGGCUGAACGUGCAGUCAGUUGAAGGCGCACCUCCCAGUCCUGAGCCUAACGAUUCAGACUUUGACGGCGAUGAUGAUAAUAUUGAGAUGGAAGAUGUGAAGAUGGACGCUGACUAA